AUGAGCAGGACUCAAGAGUUAACGAUGCAGGAUAUUACAUGGAAAAUGAUUGAAUCAGCACAAAUCAAAAUAAUAAAAGAGGCCUUUCGUCUUCGAUAUAGAAAAGAUAGUAAGUUUAUUAGUGAAUAUGCUGGAUAUGUAAAAAAUUUACGUAAUGCAGAAAAUCAAGAUGAGUAUAUAAAAUAUACCGCAAUAACACUUUUCCCAAAUAGUCAAGAUAUAGAAAAUGGUAUCAAGGAUCGGCAUAUGACUGAGGAAGCUGUUGAGGAUGUGCUUAUAGACGAGUAA